UCAGGCUCUCUGAGUCCUGCAGUGUCUGUAGCCCCAGGAAUCUAGCCAUGCCAUCAGGGCAGAGCAAUAAAGCUACUCCUAUGUGAUGACUGAAAAACAGAGACCAGCAGAAAAGAAGAGAGGAAGAAGGAGGAGGGAGCCUGGAGAAACACACACCCAGAGGACCCCAUAGGAGGGGAGAGAAAGAGGAGCGCGGUAGAGGGAAGGAUUUAGAGUCCCUAUCUGCAGCCCGGGUCACACAAUUCCCUCAGGAGCCGGAGAGGUGUUGGACAGCGCAAGAUGAAGCUGGCUGUGGUCCUCCUGCUUGUUACCAGUCAGCUGAACGUCCAGGGAGAGUCUGAAGUCUCUUGCCAGGAUAAUGAUGUCUUCCGAGCUAUGGACGCGGCACUGACGGAAUACAACAACCAAAAGACAUCAGGCAACCAGUUUGUCCUGCACCAAAUAAUGGCGGUCUCCCUGACGGAAUCCAGUCAGCGUACCUUUACAGUAACCUAUAAUAUCCAAGAGGGCGACUGCCACGUCAGGAUGGGCAAAAAUUGGAAAGAAUGUGGCAUCAAAAAGGACUUAAAUAAGGAGCGGGGACAAUGCACAGCCAUUGUGAAGAGUCACAAUGAAAAUGAAUUCACCAUCACUGAACAGCAUUGCAAAAUCAUUCCAGUGAAUGAUGAAGUUAUUGCAGUUAAUGUUCCAUGCCUUGGAUGUUAUAGACCCAUAUCAGCCAAUGAUGAAGAUUUGCAAGCAGUCCUGAACAACGCUGUCGAACAAUUUAAUUACCAAUCUCAAAGUGACCAUCUCUACACCCUUAAAGAUGUCUUGAAGGCCUUGAGACAGGUUGUCAGAGGGUGGAACUAUGAUCUUGAAUUUACAGUUGUGGAGACUAAUUGUGUCAAGAGCGAGGUAAAAAAUGUAACUUCCGAGUGCAAGCCUCUGCCUCAAGGGAAGUCAAUGGCCUGCAGGGAACUUAGUCAUGUAUCUCCUGAAAUGAAAAUCAGUUCACACUUACAGACUUGUCAGACAGAGGCAGACUCACAAUUUUCCGAUAUCCAGUACAUAUCUGGCUACAGCCCAGAACUGAAGGAAUCUUUGAGAGCCGCCCUUGAAAACUUUAAUUCUGAAAAUGAAUCUGACUUCUACUUCAAGCCAAGCAUCCUCCUAAAAGCACAUCUGGUGGAACCUGGAGAGAAACAUUCCAUCGAAAUUCAAGUCCAAGAAACCGAAUGCUCUAAAGAGAAAGGACAGUUUUCUGAGGACUGUGAAUUUAAGACAGAUGGAAGAGUUUUACAGUGCAUAGUGCAAGUGCCCAUGGGACAGGACGGUGAAGUUAAACCUGUAAUUGACUGCCAUGAACCACCCCCUGAGCUAGGACUUAUGAAAAGACCUUCAGGUUUUUCCCCUUUUCGAUCUGCACUAAGGAUUUUAGAAGAAAAAAUAAUAGCUGCAAGGGAGCCUCAGAAUUUCAAUACAACAGAACAAGAGGAAGAACAAACACCUGGGAAAGCAGGUUAUCCUCAUGAUCAUGGUCAUGGGUGGCAAAGAGGACGUCAUCCUGUCCAUGGGACUAAAAAUCACCCUGGCUCUGGUCUUGGGCACAAACAUGGACAUAAUCAUAGUCAUGGACGCCAUAGAGGACAUGACCUUGGCCAAGGGAACAAACAUAAACAUGGUCAAGGCCAUUGGAAACAUGAAAAAAAAAACAAGAAGAAUCGUAAGAGUUGGAUGGAUGAGUAUCCAUACAGCCCCACUGAAGAGAAUUUUCCUUCUUCCCCGAUGCAAGAGGAGACCCAAGGCCCACCACCACCUCAGAGUCCAUCACAGCAAGGAGUAGAUGUUACUCCUUCUUAUUUUCAAGAUUUUGAUCUUCUUGAUCCUAACCCAACCAAUAUUCCAGUUGAGCCUACAGCUGAGCAGAAGACAGGGGGAGAAGAGGCAGAAGAGGAAGUCUUGUUUCCUGACAUCCCUAUUGUGCCAAAGAGCCCCUUAUUUACUUUGAUGCCUGAUUUUCCAGAACCAGAACCAAUUGUCCCCAAAUGCCCUGGAAGCCCAUGGCAACCAAUUACUGUGAUGAACCCAGUCACAGAAGAAAGCCAAAACGAGGACUUUGAACUCUCUGAUGCUCUUUCAUUUGGGAAGAAAUGAUUCUCUUCCUGGCCCUUUACCAUCCUACUGCCCAAGUGAUGAAACAAAAACCAUGAAACCUCAGAAUAGCUUAGAACAAGGAUUGAGACUUAGUGAACUAAUGAAAUGGUGUUGUUUUGCAAACACCUAAAUCUGACUUAAUUCCUUCAAGUACUCAAGUUCCCUCAGCAAGGUAGAAGAUGGAUUUUUUUUAGACCAUUUUCAACUGGAGUUUCUAAUAGAUAUCAAUUUGUUGCUUGGAAGGUUCAUUAAUUGUCUUUAAUUGUUUAUGCAAACUAAGUCUCACCUUGCAUGAAUAUCAAAGAACAGAAACUAAAUGGGAACUAAGGAUGUACCUGGCACAUAAUUAAUUGGUGCUUAAUUAAUGCUUAUUGAUUGACUGAUAGAGAUACAAUUAUUAAAGAAACCAUUUUAUAAUUUAAAACAGACUAGUGCAGUAUCUGAUGCAAAGGAAGGGACACCAUGUAGAGCACUGAGAGGGAAGCUCUAGACUUGUCUGUGAAUCUCUCCUUUGGGAACACCUCACAAAAUAUCCUUUCCUUUUGCCAACAGAAUAAUGUGUUUAUAUUCUGAUUCUGCCAUUGCAAUAUGCCCUACCUAGGCUGUGAUUGCUUCUUAAAACAUAAGCAUUUUCUUGCUCUAUUUUUGCGUGGAGAAACUGUAAAUCGAUGGUACUAACUUAUAGUUAUUUGGUAAACCUCUAACUUCACAUGACUGGUUAUAUUAAGUAACCCAGGCUCCUAUCUCUACUUUGUCUUAUUCUCUACUUGAAAGAGCUGGGGAGGAGGCAGUGAUGGAGAGGGAGGAGAAAUCCCACUUGGUCACCUGGUAAACAACACUUGCUGUACCUAAAUAUGAAUAAACCAAUCAGCUUAAUCACAUUUUACUGUCCUUAUAGGGACAAAUAAGGCCUUGUGAGUAUCAGGUCUAAUGUCCCCCCAAAAGAUCUCUUUGAAAUAAUAUAUAAAUCAAGUAUGGAAGCCUUUUAGAACUGGACUUGGUAGAAUGUUUUGCUGCCCCAAGGUCACCUGUAUCAGUAACUGGGAGGGGAAGACAAAUAAAAUAGAACUCAUUGAAAGGAACUCAUUCACUGUGGUAACAAGAGUGAAAUAAAAUUAAAUCAUGGUUAUCUGAUCUCUGGUUAAUUCACUGUGAUCUCCUUUCAAUCACAUUUGCUUUGUCUUUCAGCAGUUUUCACAUGUUCAGAUUGGGCCAAAGCCAUUCCUUUCCAGUUGAGGGAUAUCUUUACUCCUAUUUAUGAAGGUCAGAGACCUUCCUAGAGCCUAGAGCCCUCAUAACCUAAAAAAUAGUAUCUCAGCAUACAUGAGUAUACUUUAAGUUUUACCAAAGACCUGAAGAUUCAUUUUUUAAAAAAAUCUAAUCCCAAACAAAAGAAUCCUGAAAAUAUAUAUCUAUCAAUUCUUUACUAUAAUGAGGUAUCUAACCACAGGAAAAAAAUUAGGAAAUAUAGAACAAUAGAUUUAGAUUUUAGAAGGUCCUAGGACAGUGAUGGUGAACCUUUUAGUGGGGGGGAUGAUAUGAGAGAUAUCCUGAGAUGCCCAUGGAGAGGGGGAGGGGAGCAGCCCAGCCCCAUGUCCCCCUGGCUUUCUAGCAAUGAACUCUAGUGAACUCUGUGCUGGGUCAAUGGUACAUGUGUCCACAGAGAGAGCUCUGCGUGCCCCCUCUGGCACAUGUGCCAUAGCUUGGCUACUAUGGUCCUAGGGAAUACUCAGUAAAAGACCCUUAUGUUAUAGAAGAAUAAACUGACAGCUAGAGAAAUGAAAUGACAUAUCUUGAUAAAUGAGAUGGAGGCAGGGUUUGAGGUCCCAUGUCUAACUUGCUGUUUUCUGUGGAUAAUCUGGGGCUGAUUGUUCAAUAAAAUGCAUAUCAAAGAUA